CGCCACAAUUUACAACGUCAAUUCAACAAAGGCAUGGGAACCCGUAUUUUUCUGUUUUCAAAAAGAAAUUGUUUUGAAUUUAUGAUAUAGUGCUAAUAUUAUUCGGAAUCAAGAUGGGUAUUAUAGGUUUAUCUAAAUUAAUUGCGGAUAUCGCACCUCAAGCUGUUAAAGAAAUGGAAAUUAAAAAUUACUUUGGUCGUAAAGUGGCUAUUGAUGCAUCUAUGAGUUUAUAUCAGUUUUUAAUAGCAGUAAGAAGUGAAGGAGCUCAACUAACAUCAGUUGAUGGUGAGACAACGUCACAUCUCAUGGGGACCUUCUACAGAACCAUCAGGCUGGUAGAGAAUGGCAUCAAACCUGUGUAUGUAUUUGAUGGCAAGCCACCAGAAAUGAAGUCACAUCAGUUGAACAAACGAGCUGAGAGACGGGAGGAAGCGGAGAAGGAACUGCAAAAGGCUACUGAAGCUGGUGACCAAGCAUCCAUGGAGAAAUUCAACCGUCGGCUAGUGAAAGUGACAAAGCAGCAUGGAGAGGAGGCUCGGGAACUAUUGAAGCUCAUGGGAGUGCCUGUUGUGGAGGCACCUUGUGAGGCUGAAGCCCAGUGCGCUGCGAUGGUAAAAGCUGGCAAAGUAUAUGCCGUAGCGACAGAGGAUAUGGACGCAUUGACCUUUGGUUCCAAUGUAUUAUUGCGACACCUGACGUUUUCUGAAGCCCGUAAAAUGCCAGUCCAGGAGUUCCACCUUGAUCAAGUGUUGAGUGGCCUGGAGUUGAAUCAUAAUGAGUUCAUAGACCUCUGCAUUCUCCUCGGCUGUGACUACUGCGGUUCGAUCCGCGGCAUCGGCCCCAAACGAGCCAUAGAACUAAUACGACAACACCGUAGUUUGGAAGAAGUGCUCCGUAACAUAGACACUAAGAAAUAUGUGCCACCUGAAGAUUGGGACUUUAGUAACGCGAGGAGACUGUUUCUGGAACCGGAGGUUAAGGAUGCUGCAGAGAUUGAAUUAAAAUGGACAGACCCAGAUGAAGAUGGUUUAGUAAAGUUCCUGUGUGGAGACAAACAGUUCAAUGAAGACAGAGUGAGGAAUGGCGCUAAAAAACUACUGAAAGCUCGCUCUGGUACUACACAGGGAAGACUUGAUGGGUUCUUUAAGGUAUUAUCAACAACACCGAAUCCAAAACGUAAAGCAGAAGAAGACAAAAAGAACGCAAACAAAAAAGCAAAAACUGGCGGCGGUCGAGGAAGGGGAAGAGCGAAAUAAAUAAUAUUUUAAUAUUUCCAAGGACUGCAUUAUGAGUGUUUCUUUGGGCUGGUUCCUACAGGCUACAAUAUAAAACUGACCAAAAUAAUUAAUAUAAGCAUGCCUUUUUUGUCUAAAAUUAAAAACGUAAAAAUUGUCAUGACAAAGCUUUUGUUUUUACAAACCCCAGUUCCUUAUAAUGACGAAUAAACUGACCGUAAAAUUACGCAAAUAUCAAGAUAAUUGACACACAAUCAUUGUUUGAGUUAGUAUCUUUAAUAUAUUAUUGUGUAUUCUGAUUUCUGAUUGACUAUAAAGUGUAUGUAAAAAGCAAAAUUUGACUGGAAUUACUGGCACUUAAGAUUAUUUGUAUUGAUAUUUCUGUAAAAAUCUGAUACAAAAUAAAUACAUUCUUUAAUUGUAAA